AUGCGCACCAGCGUCUUCGUGGCAUUGGUCGUGGCCACCUUCGUGGCGACCUGCAUCAGCUUCACCAGCGCCAAGAAUGUAGCCCAGAUCCGAGACGUCGAUGGCGGCAACAAUGUACAGGAAACCCGCACACUGGCCGAGGCGGACGAUUGGUGGCUAGCGUCUACCAACACCGAAGAAAGAAGCGGCGGGGCUGGUUUUUUCAGCAAACUUCGUGGAAAAGUGCAUGCCAAGCAGUCCAGCGGCGUUAUGACGACGCAAAAACUCAACGACCAGCAGGUUAAGACAAUCACGAAAGAAGUGGCUACGACUGUGAAGAAGGACCGCAGAACUUGGCCCAUGAUCAAGAAAGGCUUGAAGAUUCUGUACGGCGCCCUCCUCGCAGGUCUCAUCAUUGUGGGUGUGGAAGCUAUGCUAUCUUAA